GAGGAGAAUAAAGUGGAGACGGUAGCGCGUGUGAUGAGCUUGCCUCCUUCUGCUGGGGGUAGACUCGCCGUUCUGAGAACACACCUCUCUCUCAGUCCUGCCAUGGCUUCCGAGAAGGCAGCCGCUCUCGCGGCUACUCCCUCCGAUGGUCCCACCAUAUUCGACAAAAUCAUUAAGAGGGAAAUUCCAGCCAAUAUUGUAUAUGAGGAUGAGCAGGUGCUCGCUUUCAGGGACAUUGCUCCUCAGGCUCCCAUACAUAUUCUGAUAAUUCCCAAAAUCAGAGAUGGCUUAACUGGACUAUCCAAGGCCGAGGAGAGGCAUUGCGAGAUUCUUGGUCGCCUUCUUUACACUGCAAAGCUUGUGGCCAAACAGGAGGGCCUCGAAGAUGGCUUUAGAAUUGUGAUUAAUGAUGGGCCCACUGGAGGCCAAUCUGUUUACCACCUUCACAUCCACCUCCUCGGGGGUCGACAGAUGGACUGGCCUCCUGGUUAAUGAGACGGAGCAUUUCAUGCACGGAAUUGACCUUCCAAGGCAAAUGGGUGGUUGUUACAAACUAUGAACUAUGCUGGCUGAUGAAUAAAACUAUUUGCUCUGAUACUCUAUUUGAAAGAGAUGCGAGUGGCAGUUUAACAGUAUUGUGAUUAGAGAGUGUGUCUUUCAAGGAUGUCCAUGUGACAAACGUUGUUCUGCAAGUCCUACCUAAACACUGAUAUGACAAGGCUUCUACUGGUUUAUGUUGCUUUAAUAUAUGCAAUAUCUGCUAUCUUAUGAAUCA